AUGGAGACAAAGGAACCCGGCUCACCACCCGCCAGGCUGGACGAUCCCAUCAUCUUUCUCCCCGAGUCGGGAAAACCGAAUGUUGCUGCGUCGAUGGAUAGAUCUGUAACGACCUUGCUUCAACAGUCGACGGAGCGUCUGUACCAAGCAGUUCUGAAUGGCCAAGUGGGUUCCAGGUUUCGAAACAUACUUCGUAAUACGGAGUCUGGAAUGUAUAAGCAGCCGCAGAAAGCGGCAUAUCGAUGCUCAGUCUGGGCCUGGCGGUCUUGGGCCACUUUGGGCAUCGGAUUCGCCGACCAUUAUCGGACUAAAAUCGAUGACUCCAAGAAAUCCCUGUUCUGCAUGCUGAUUGGAGGUGGCGAAGUUAUGAUCAGACUUUCUGGAAAGGGGAGCGCAUACAAUGCGAAAGGCCCACCACGAGGGACAAAGGGUGGUGUGAACAUCUGGAGAAAUCAAUCAUAA